GUUUAAGUUGUUUUGGGCCGUGGCCUUAAGCGGGCUAAAAGGAUGAGCGAUUAUGUCCUGGAUGGAGAUCACGAUGUUCAUGAAGAUGAGUUCGGUGAUGAAAACGGGAAGGAGGACGUCAGUGUGACCGACGAAAUGCAUUUCGAUGCUGAGCUGGAGGCCAUCAAAGAACGCUUCAAAGAAAUUGAAGCAGAUGCCAAUAAAUUACAUGACUUGCGCCGUGUUAUCGACAAGUCUCCAAUCUCAAAAUCGAACAACUCAAAUUUGUCAGAUGAAGAUAAAACUGAAGUUGACUUGCGUUCUGUAUAUGUUGGAAAUGUUGAUUAUGGUUCGACGGCCGAUGAACUAGAAGCACAUUUUCGUAGUUGUGGACCGAUAAACCGUGUUACUAUAUUGUGCAACAAAUUCACUGGGCACCCUAAGGGAUUCGCAUACAUUGAGUUUGAUACUCGUGACGCUGUCGAAGCGGCAAUCGCUCUGGAUGAUUCAUCUUUUCGGAGUCGGCAGUUAAAAGUUCUACCUAAACGUACAAAUGUUCCAGGAAUGUCCAUGACAAAUCGUCCCCCUUUCGUGAGAGGUCGCGCGCGCGGCAGAGGGAUGUCUAUUGGUUUCCGUCCAGCAUAUGCUGGUCGAAUGCGAUUCCCGCGAUAUCGGCGACGUGGUAGUUAUUACUUUACCCCCUAUUAAAUUGGACCAAUGAAAAAAUUAAGAAAAAAGAAAUCGAUCACAGAAGAAACUUCCGCAACAUGUCCUUGUAUUCUACGUUAUCCAACCAUUUCGCAGAACUAAUAGCUUUGUUGUCCAAAUUUUAGGUAUUUCGUACCAUUGUAUGGUGCCGCAUUCAUUUUGUUCUGCAAUCUAAUAAGACUACAACAUACCUGUUGAAAAAUUAACAUUCAAACAUCCAUUGUAAAUUGGUGCUAAUUUGAUUUUUGUACCAUCUGGCUUGUUUAUCAAUGUGUAUGUCCGAAAAAAACUUCUCAA